GAGCGCGGAGGGGGGGGACAAAAGGUUGGUGCGACUACGAGAGAGGAAAAGUGGCAGGGUCAGGAAGAUCUGGGGAUCGAUGCAACCCAUCUCAUCUCGGCUCCACUGCCAUGGCUGCUGCCCCUCACCUCAACUCAGAUGCGCUCCGCGAAGUCUUGGAGUGCCCCAUUUGCAUGGAGUGCUUCACCGAAGAGCAUCUGCGGCCCAAGCUGCUACAUUGUGGGCAUACUAUCUGCAAACAGUGCUCGGAGAAGCUCCUCGCCAGCAGCAUCAAUGGGAUCCGCUGCCCCUUCUGCAGCAAAGUCACCAGGAUCACAAACCUGGCUCAGCUGACCGACAAUCUGACGGUGCUGAAGAUCAUCGACACGGCAGGGCUCAGCGAGGCCGUCGGCGUUCUCAUGUGCAAAGCUUGUGGACGGCGGCUCCCGAAGAACUUUUGUAAGAGCUGCAGCUUGGUUUUGUGUGAGCCCUGCAAAGAGUCUGAGCAUCUGCAGCGACAUCACAACGUGGUAGCAAUCAAAGAAGCGGCUGAUGAGAAAAGGAGGGACUUUGGUGCUAGGCUGGGUCGCCUCCGGGAGCUCAUGGGGGACCUGCAGAAGAGGAAGGUGUCUCUGGAAGGGGUUUCAAAGGACCUCCAAGCCCGGUACAAAGCAGUCCUCCAAGAGUACAGCAAAGAAGAGCGCAAGGUCCAAGAAGAAUUGGCCAGGUCCCGUAAGUUCUUCACCAGCUCCCUCUCAGAGGUGGAGAAAGUGAACAGCCAGAUCAUGGAGGAACAGGCUUACCUACUGAACAUUGCCGAGGUUCAGAUUGUAUCACGCUGCGAUUACUUCCUUGCCAAAAUAAAACAGGGGGACAUUGCCCUUCUGGAGGAGGAGGGAGACGAGGAAGAGCCAGAGCUGAUGAACAGCCUUCCCAAAGAGCUGACUCUACAAGAGGUGGAGCUCCUCAAGGUUGGUCAUAUUGGACCACUCCAGAUAGGGCAAGUGGUCAAAAAACCUCGGAGUAUCAAUGUGGAGGAGUCACUGAUGGAGACGGCGGCAGAGGCAUCAGGGUCCUUCAGAGAGGCAGAUCUGGCUGUAGAAGAAGCCAGUCCUCUGUCCCACUGCUCUUCCCCUGCAAAGCCAAGGAUGUCAGAAGCGGCUGCCAGCAUCCAGCAAUGCCACUUCCUCAAGAAGAUGGGCUCAAAGGGCAGCACGCCAGGUACAUUCAACCUGCCUGUAAGCCUGCAUGUCACGCCCCAGGGGGAGGUGCUCGUGGCAGACCGGGGCAACUUCCGGAUCCAAGUCUUCACUCGCAAGGGCUUCUUGAAGGAAAUCCGCCGCAGCCCCAGCGGCAUUGAUAGCUUUGUGCUCAGCUUCCUCGGAGCGGAUCUCCCCAACUUGACUCCCUUGUCGGUCACCAUGAACUGCCACGGGCUGAUUGGCGUGACCGACAGCUACGACAACUCUAUGAAAGUGUACACGAUCGAUGGGCACUGCGUGGCAUGUCACCGGAGCCAACUGAGCAAGCCGUGGGGCAUCACGGCCCUUCCCUCGGGGCAGUUUGUUGUGACAGACGUGGAAGGAGGAAAGCUGUGGUGCUUCACAGUGGACCGGGGCAUCGGGGUGGUGAAGUAUAGCUGCCUUUGCAGUGCUGUGCGCCCUAAGUUUGUCACGUGCGAUGCCGAAGGGACCAUCUACUUCACCCAGGGACUGGGGCUGAACCUGGAAAACCGUCAGCACGAACAUCACCUGGAAGGCGGAUUUUCCAUCGGCUCCGUGGGUCCCGAUGGGCAGCUUGGCCGACAGAUCAGUCACUUCUUCUCAGAGAACGAAGAUUUCCGCUGCAUCGCCGGCAUGUGCGUGGACUCCCGGGGGGAUCUCAUUGUGGCUGAUAGCAGCCGGAAGGAAAUCUUGCAUUUCCCCAAAGGGGGGGGCUAUAAUAUCCUAAUCCGAGAGGGGCUCACCUGCCCCGUUGGCAUAGCCGUCACCCCCAAAGGUCAGUUGUUGGUCUUGGACUGUUGGGAUCACUGCAUUAAGAUUUAUAGUUACCAUUUGCGAAGGUACUCCACACCUUAAGAUAAAAAAACCCACAUUUCUUUAUCCCCCCCCCC